AUGAGUGAUGGUGACAAAGCACAAGUUGAUAGCAUGAAGCAAUUUGGUAUACCAACUGCGAAGAUAAUGGCUUACAUGGCUGGUCAAUCUGGAGGGCUGGCCCGAAUCAGUGAUGGCGAUGCUGCAGCAACGAUCAGUUACUUGGAGGGCAAGGCGAAUGCCGACAUGACGACUGUAGCACAUUACACGCGAACUGCCGAUGAUCGGCUGGGGAGCCUUUUCUGGGUCGACGGUGAAAUGAUGACCGACUAUCAGUUAUUUGGUGAUGUUAUGGCCUUUGAUUCGACGUAUCGGUCUAAUAAGUACAAGAAACCGCUUGUAGUGUUCUCUGGAUGUAAUGGGAGAGAAGACUCCGUGUUGUUGUCACGGAUGGGGACAAAGCGAUGCGCGCAGCCAUCGCGGAGGUGUUCCCGGCAGCAAGGCACCGGCUGUGGGUGGCACUUGGAGAAAAACUGUGUUCAACGGGUUAAGGAUACGGAGUUCCGAAAGGUUUUUAAGAAGGCUAUGUAUGCGAACUUCGAGGUGGAGGACUUCGAGGAAUAUUGGAAGACGGCGGUGGAGUCACUUGGCCUACAAAAUAAUAGUUGGGUUCAACAAACAUACGAGGUUAAAGAAAGUUGGGCAACAGCAUAUCUCCGGGGCACUUUCUGUGCGGGAUACCGAACAACCUCAAGGUGUGAGGGGAUUAAUGCAUACAUAAAGGGGUUCCUGAAAUCCACUGAUAGCAUUUUGGAGCUGGUGCACAGCUUAGAUCGCGUUGUAAAGGUUUAUCGAAACAACGAAGUCACGGCGCAGUUCUAUUCUACGUACUACAGCCCCGUGUUAACAACCGGGCUUGACUCUAUCGAGCUUUUUGCAUCGAAGCUGUACACUCGAGCAGUUUUUAGAGAGGUCAAGAAACAAAUCAGGGGUGUUGCAACCUUGCUGUUUCGUGGGAGAGACAGCAUCAGCACCACGGUUGUCUACAAGUUUUCAAGGAUGGGCGCGCCUGGUAGGAUUCACAAGGUUUUAUUCGACCCAGAUGACAAGAAAUUCAGUGCGACUGUUCGAUGUGGAAUAGUGAGGGUAUUCCAUGUAGUCACAUAUUCUGCCUGA